AGGACACACCGGAAGUAGAGUAUUUAAACAGUCGUGCGUUUGUGUUGCUUGUUUAUAAACUCCUGAAUUUUAAUUCUUUUAUUUAGCACCACCGCUUAGGUCGCAAAAAUGGGGAAAAGACAGCAUCAAAAAGACAAGAUGUACAUUACAUCUACAGAAUACACCCAGUUUUAUGGAGGGAAGAAAGCAGAAAUCCCACAAGCCAAUUUCAGACGCUUGCCCUUUGAUCAUUGCAGUUUGUCUCUUCAGCCCUUUGAGUAUCCCAUGUGCACAGUGGAUGGGGUGGUUUUUGACCUAAUGAGCAUAGUGCCUUGGAUUAAGAGAUUUGGCACCAACCCCAUAACUGGAGAGAAGCUGGAGGCUAAAUCCCUUAUCAAGCUUAACUUCAGCAAAAACAAUGAAGGAAAGUACCACUGUCCUGUGCUCUACACCGUCUUCACAAACAACUCCCACAUCGUUGCUAACAAAGUCACAGGGAAUGUUUUCUCUAAUGAGGCAGUAGAGCAGCUCAACAUUAAGACCAAGAGUUAUAAAGACCUGUUGACGGAUGAACCAUUCACACGCCAGGAUCUCAUCACUCUACAGGAUCCUACAAAUUUGGAUAAAUUCAAUGUCUCCAACUUCUUUCAUGUGAAAAACAAUAUGAAAGUCCUCGACCCCGAUGAGGAGAAAGCAAAACAGGACCCAUCAUACCAUCUGAAAAGCACAAAUCUGGAGACGCGAGAGACACUUGCGGAGCUCUAUAGGGACUAUAAAGGAGAUGAGCUGUUGGCCUCGACUAUGAAAGAACCAGAAGCCAAAAAAACAGACAAGUUCAAUGCUGCUCACUAUUCCACUGGAAGAGUGUCUGCCUCCUUCACAUCUACAGCUAUGGCUCCAGCCACCAACCAUGAAGCAGAUGCUAUUGCUGACGAUGCUGUUCGCUACCAGUAUGUUAAGAAGAAAGGCUACGUGCGCUUGCACACAAACAAAGGAGACCUGAAUGUGGAGUUACAUUGUGAUAAGGUCCCCAAGGCUGGAGAAAACUUUAUUAAACUCUGUAAGAAAGGAUAUUACGAUGGCACAGUAUUCCACCGCUCUAUUCGAAAUUUCAUGAUUCAAGGAGGAGACCCUACAGGGACUGGUACAGGCGGUGAGUCUUUCUGGGGGAAGCCGUUCAAAGAUGAGUUCAGACCCAAUCUGUCUCACACUGGCCGUGGGAUUCUGAGCAUGGCCAACUCGGGACCAAACACAAAUAAAUCACAGUUCUUUAUAACAUUUCGCUCCUGCGCAUACCUGGACCGGAAGCACAGUGUUUUUGGAAGAGUGGUUGGUGGUUUAGAGACUCUCUCAGCGAUGGAGAAUGUUGAAAGUGAUCCGAAGACAGACAAACCCAAGUCUGAGAUUAAGAUACUGAGCACUUCAGUUUUUGUGGACCCGUAUGAAGAAGCAGAUGCCCAGAUUGCAGCGGAGCGAGAGAAGGAAGCUCAGAAAGUGGAGGAAGAGAGAGCACAAACUUCUGCUCUAGUCAACAAGGCAAAAACUGAGGAAAAGCCUAAAGCCUUCAGACCAGGAGUGGGAAAAUACAUCAACAUGUCUGCUACGAAACAUUCCCAUCCUGAUACAGAAAAACCCUCCACUAGUGAAGCUCCGGCCAAAAAACCUAAAGGCAGAACUGGUUUUGGAGACUUCAGCUCCUGGUAGAACAGCUACACCAUCCCUCAGCAGAUUCUGGGUAACACAUGAGAUACUGGACUCAUAUUAUUCUGUUUUUUCCCUUAUGUUUCCUCUAAAAGCUUUGCUCCUUUUUUUAAGAUAAGUGUUGUGGCAGGGAUUUAGUUCCACAUAGCUUCAACAAGUCUAUCUCUGUAAAUAAGCCCCUAUUUUUGCAAAUUCAGUGAUUUAAUCUUGGUGCUAAUAAAUGUUUUUUU